AUGACUCUCAUUCAUCUCAUCUUCAGCGAGCCGGCCAUCUACGACAACGUCUUUGACUACUGUUCUACUGUCACUCUGUUUCGCCUCUCUCGGAUAUGUCGCAUCAGCCGCGAUGCAUUCCAGUCUUACCUCCAGCGCACUUUCAAUGUCGACCGCCUUCUCUCGCACUAUUUCGAUCGCCCCGACACGUUUCGUUCUCUUCAAGCACGGACGGAUACCGUGAUCUCUGGAGCUGCCGCGGCCGACUUCUUUGCUCGCUCGCGUUGGGAUCCGAAUCUCGUGCUGCAGAUCUGUGUUCCAAGGGACCACUUGAAGGACGUCGGCGACUGGAUCCAAGACUCUGGAUACGUCUUUCAGCCUGAUCGAGGCCACUCGGGUGCGUUUAAGCUCGCGAUUGACGAGAUCGGCGAUGAAUACGAGCAAAUGGAGUCCCACGGACAAUGGGUGGGAGGCAUUGCUGGUGUCUAUACCUUCGUGAACUCAGCGGCCCGUCGGGGAUCAAACAAAAGCGUGGAGAUUCGGCUCGUCGCUGCGCUCAGGUCCCCGAUCGAGGUUGUUCUUUGUUCGCGGUGCACAUCGGUCAUGAACUUUAUCACACACGACACAGCCUACUCUGUCUAUCCGCGGGCUACGUUUGAAAGCCUGGUCGCCUUGGUCUCUCCCUUCCACGACGGCCCGUUUGAAGAUACACAGCUAUACUACACCGCCGGCGGGGGCAAUCUGCUUGUCGAGCCUCCCGGCACGGCACCGUCGUAUCCCGCCUUUCUAGAAGACCUUGCGACGCGCGAGCCGUCGUUACUUCUAGGCGGGCGCUGGAUUGACGACAGUUCAAGCUGGGUACUGCCUCUUGCCUCUUCGGAUUUGCUCGCCGAUGACCAGUCUCACCAUCCUAUGACUGAAACACACCCGUAG